AUGCAGACUAUCAUAGGAGGUAGACCAGGGGUCACUACUGGAGCCAUCGUCCUCCUAGCUAUGAUACUCUUGGCACAGGGCUCUGAUGCACCUGGUACAAUUAAUUGCACAGGUGGGAAGACAGAAGAUUUCCUGGAAGCGUUCAGACCAGUGUUCCUAAGGAAAGCAUUACGUCCUGUAAGGGACCUGAGAAAGCCAACUAUUGUCAAUAUUUCCAUCACUCUGUAUGCAAUCCUUGGUGUGAAUGAGAAAGAUCAACUGCUAACUUCGUUCUUGUGGCUCCGAAUGGUAUGGCAUAAUGAAUUUGCAGAAUGGGAUCCCUUACUAUGUGGUGGCAUAGAUAACAUAUCAGUUCCUGCUGAGGAGAUGUGGAUUCCAGAUAUCUUUGUUCAUCAGUUUGUGGAUGAAGACAAAUCCCCACAUCUGCCCUAUCUCCUGGUGGAUCAUACUGGGCAGGUGCGAUACCUGAAACCAUUGAGGGUGGUAAGCUCCUGCAAUCUCAGCAUCUUUCGCUUUCCUUUUGACAUUCAGAAUUGCUCCCUCACCUUUGGCUCUUUUUUGGACUCAGUGCAGCACAUUAAACUUGGUCUGCUAAUGCCAACUGACAUCAUUGAGAAAUUCGCUAGGAAUGCACGGACCUCACAGGGUGAAUGGGAACUUGUUAAAAUUGAAAGCCUAUUUGCUGAUGAAACAAUGGAUCUAGUGACAUUUAAUAUUAUUGUGAAGCGCCGCCCUACUCUAUAUGUGGUGAAUUUGCUGAUUCCUAGCGCUUUUCUGAUGUUGAUUGAUGUUUUAAGUUUUAACCUUCCGCCACAUACUGUGGACAGAGCGUCUUUCAAAAUGACCCUGCUGCUGGGAUACACUGUCUUCCUGCUUAUUCUCAAUGACCUGCUUCCAGCCACUGCCAGCGGGACUCCUCUAAUAGGAAUUUAUUUCUCACUUUGUCUGGCUUUGUUGGUUAUUGGACUUUUAGAAACAGUCUUUGUGAUGAAUAUUUUGCACAGGGGAUCCUCACAAUGCCCAGGGGUGCCCAUCUGGGCUCGUACCUUAGUCUUGAAUUACCUUGCUAGGUUGGUGUGUUACAAGAAAGUAGAACAAUUUGAACCUGAAUCCCUGAACAAUUCCUUAACCUCUGAAUCAGCAUUUCAUGGGAAGAAUGUCAGUGUGCAGCUCACAUGUGUAGAAAUGAGCCAGGGGGAUGUUCAGACGCACCAAUUUCUAAGAAAUAUCAGCAGUGACCUGCACUCAAUGAGAAGGCUGAUGGAAGGUUACUUUGAACAACAAGAGAUUGCUGAAGAAUGGCUGCGCAUUGGGUUAAUCUUGGAUGCUGUGGUGUACCGGAUGUAUCUGAUCUUUAUGAUGGUAUAUGCUGUGGUACUUGGUGCUACAUGGGGAACAUGGUACAAUGUAUAGAAAACCAACAUCACUGCAAUUACUGGACAUAGAACAUGUUGAUUUAUAAUCAUACAUAGUGCCUUAUUGUACUGAGAUGUUUUUCUAGUUUAUUAUUUUAAGACACACUGGCAAAGAGAAAUUGUGAUGCAUGGUUCCUGGUGAAACACUCUCUAAAUUGGGGGAAAAAAUAGGUGAGGGAUGGGUGAGGAGGUCUGACUAUCCUAUUGCAAAG